UUCACCUGCUGUAGGUGGCUCUGACUGCUCAGUAUUAGGUGCUUGUCUGUAGCUACACUUUACCUGUGGGAGUAUCUCUGUCACCAUUCUUCACCUUUGGACUGUAAGCAGAGUUUAUUUGUGUCUGGAAGACUUGGACUUUAUCCUGAUUAUUUCCUGGUCAUGCUCACAUGCUGGAUCGCCUGCAUCACAGCGAGCAAAAACAACACGACUCCAUGUUCCUGAACUCACUCUACAUCUCUGAUUCACACAAGAGAUAAAGCUGGAUUUUCUAUUUGUUUUAGAUUUUGAUUGAAAGCUCUUUACCUGUGAAGGUUGUGAUUGUCACUGUGAGUGUUAGCGGCGCCUGCACAUUGAGGCAACAUGAUGGAAGAGGUGUCCAUGACGAUGGCAUACGAUGCCGACACUUUGGAGCAGCUGAGCGAAGAGGAGAUCCUGGCCUGCCUGGUGGAAGAAACUGGACCAAAAUUCACAGUUCCCUCAAAGAAAGAGAGCCGGCUUCAGCUGAUGGAUGAUGAAGAGCCUUUGGACAAAUACCUCGUCAGAAAUCCUUCACUCACCACAAACAGAUACAUUAAAGUCAUUCCACUGAUAAAAAUGUCGACAUUCUGUUUAUCCCUGAUGGAUUUUCCUGUGUUUUUGCAGAAGGAGAACUAUGUGUUGCAGCAGACGAGCCUCCGUCUGGAGCAGGAGAACGACAGCCUCGCUCACAGACUGAUCACCAGCAAGAUAGCCUUGAAGAACGCUCUGGACCAGGCGGAGGACCGAGUGGACGAACUCACCAAAGACCUUCUUCAGACCAGACACCAUCUGCAGGCGACAGAAGAGGAGAAGAGAGGGACAGAGGAGGAAGCUGAAGUGGCGAAGGAAGUGUUUAGAAGAGAGCUGCAGAAGACUGAGCAGGAAGUCAGGAGGUCGUCUGGUGUCAUUGCGGACUACAAACAGAUCUGCUCUCAGCUGACAAGCCGUCUGGAGAGGCAGCAGGCCGCCCACAGAGAAGAGUUAGACUCACUCAAGAGUGCAGUGAAGGCUUGCUCACGCUGUCGACACCUCGUAGAAUCAGAAGCAGCAAUUGAAGGCCACGGGAAUACUGAACCAGGCCAGGAAGAGGACGACACAAAAAAGGAAGAGCAGAGGAGGGUGGAAAAGGAGAAGGAGUCCCUCUGGGCCGAAGUCAAGGAGCUGGAGCAGGAGUUGGCCAGGACCAAAGUCCAUAUGGUGGAGUCCAAGUGCAAGAUCCAGGAGCUGGAGCACCAGAAGGGAAUCCUGGCCAACGAUCUCCAGGAAGCGAAGAACAGCUGGAUCAGCAAGGCCUUCACCUCCCUGCGGACGCCCAGCGCAGGGGGACUUCACAGCAUCAGCUUACCCAGAGAAGGAGCUCCCUCAGUGGUGUGGAACCUCCGCAGAGGCUCCCUGUCUGAGUGGAGCGCCAAGAAGCUGUCGUGGCCUCACAGAAACAAACAAGAACAUCUCUAAAAGCUUGGACUGUGAAUUUGCAGACUGCUAAAAGUGGAAACAAUUGAAGGAUCAGACCUCAGAGUAUUUAUUCACAAUGUGAUGUGCAAUGUGUGGUCAGUGCGUAGCUGCUGUUGUGUACCAUAGGGCAGUGUAAAGCAUGAACACUUUCCAACUACUGAACACACUAGUGCAUUUGUUCCUUUGUAAACCAAAUGUGCCAUGUGAGUUAUUUGUACAUAAUUAUGUUCUUUGUAAAACAACAUUAAAGCAGGUAUGACUUAAGAAAAUGUUUGUGUAUGACGUAAGGAAACCUGACUCAUUAUUAGAAACGAAACACUUCUUUCUCAAAUAGUUU